UGCAACCAGAUUCGCAGUAGACAAUUAAAAUAAAACAGUAACGCUUGUCCCUAAUUGCCCAAACGCAGCGCAUGCCAUUCGAAGUCCUCCAGGAUGCUGUAAUACAUCCCUGGAUAGUGCGCACCGGAUCGUUGUCGGUUUACGCAGACAGCAAGCAUUUCACGACAUUUUUUUUUACGUAAAACAAUCGGGUAGUUAGAUCAUUUGCUCGUACGUCUUUUUACGUUCAAAAGUGUGCCACAAAGAAUCGCUUGAUUUAAGAGGGAGCCAAAAAUUCGAUGCGAAUUCUCGAAAUAACGAAUUUGCUCCUCAUCCUCGUCCAACUAAGCGGAACGAAAUGCGAGUGUGGAGAAACUCUCACUGCCAAAACGGGAAUAAUACACACGCCAAAUUUUCCCAACGAAUUUUCCGUGCCGAUCCUCUGCAAGUGGGUAAUAGACGCGAGCGAAAUCAGCACCCCGAAUACCUCCAUAGUCGUGUACUUAACCCAGCUGUUCGUCCUGGAAGGAUUAAGCUUUGAGGAGUACGAAACGUACGAUAGGCGCUACAAUAUUUUGGGAAAGCAAAUCCACGCCGUUUUCGAUAACAAUAUCUCAAAAGUGCGAUGGGUUAAAACGCGCCAGAACGUCAUGGUGGUCACGUUUCAACUCGGCUCGAUCGAGAACACUCACUUGAGAAUUUUGGAUAAUUUUUUGGACGUUUUUGGCUUUAACCUCACGUACGAGAUCACCACUGAGCCUGUUCGCAGCGACUCUUGCACGAUGAGCGAUUGCGGGUUUACUGGGAUCUGCUAUGACAACCUCACGAAUUUCUACUGCCAGUGUUUUCCUGGUUACACUGGACCCACGUGUUCUGACGGUUACAACUCUUUGUGUACCUACGACGGCAGUCCAUACUGUAAAAAUGGAGGGAAAUGCAGGCAUAUUGGUACCAGCGCCGUUAGGUGCGAAUGUGGCGACGAUUACAUCGGCGAUCGAUGCCAAAGGCUGUCCCGCCAGAAUGUGCACAACUGCAACGUACACAGUUGCAAGUGUUUCAAGGAUGCAAGGGCAACACCAGGCGAUGGUCCUGAUUUAUCGACUACACUUCGUUUAAUGCACGGUCCCAAUUUGAGGAAGGAAACCCUUCAAGCGGUUCUACAAAAUCAGAUUUUAGCCUCGAAGUUGAGUGCAAUUGCCGAAAACGUUAGAGUAAGCCAUUUGAACUACUACGAUUGGGGAAGCGAAGCAACGGUGUACUUCAACGGCUUAAAACGCGACAGAAAGAAGUUGGAGAGUUUGAUACAUAAAUGGACAUACGCUGGACGCAUUGGAAACUUGACACUGAUCGACACCAGCAUUGGACUGCGAAAUGACUCUCUUCAGUUUAUUAAGAACCUUACCAUUAACCAAGUGGGACCUAUCCGUGAAAAUGGCCACUUCGUCUUAUCCUGCGUCGCUCACGGGUCUUCAAGCAUGAUUUUUCGCUGGUACAAGGAUGGGUUCGUUAUCAACACAACAUUCGCGACCAAUAACAAGUGGUCGCGCUUGAUUCAAAGCCCGCAACAAAACAGGUACACGUCACUUUUGGGCAUCGAAAGGGUAACCCACCGGGACGAAGGACUCUUCGUCUGCGAAGCGGAGGACGGAGGUAUCAAGCAGUGCUUGUCCCGCAACGUUGAAAUCACGAAACCGCCCGUUGUGAAAAUAGAACCGACGACUCUAACGGUGCAGAAGGGCGAAAAUUUCACUAUAAAGUGUAUUUGUAUGGCUAAUAAAAAUUCCGACCACAAAUACACGUAUAGCUGGACGAAGAAUAAGCUGCUUCUGCCCAUUAAGACAGAGAUGGAGAAAUACGAGAUACUUUUUCCCGGUGGGAGUAUACUGCAAGUGUCGCGCAUUGAGAAAACUACCGUAUACUCCUGCCUAGUCCAAGACGAAGUGACCUCAACGGAAGUAAGCAUACGAAUUGACGUAGUAGAUCGAACUUUAAUUCACACGUGCCGAGGAGAGAAGUCCAUGAACAUACUGUGGCCGGAAACGGCUCCCGGCACCCAGAACAUCCAAGAGUGUCCCAAGGGAUUUACGGGAAGCGUGAAACGUUGGUGCGUUCUGCACGACGCCGAAAAGUCCCUGUGGCAAUUACCCGACUUUUCCUUGUGUACCGCCGACGCUCUGCUCAAGGCGAACACUGAGUUGCAGAGUUUUAUGGCGGGAUACGGCGAAGGGAGCAGUUUGAAAACUCUUGGCAGUUACAACGACUACGUCCACAAACAGCCGAGUUUGCUCCCAGGGGAAGGUGUGCGUAUACUGUCACUCGCCGGUGAAGUGAUCACCUUCGUGAACAUGUCAAACGAUUUUGCUCAAAUCCGCAACAUGACGAGCACAUUCUUCUCAAUCGUUGACGGAAUACUCAAGCACUCCAAUUCGCUCAUUGACCAAGAGCAGGUCAUUUAUUUACAGGAAACCAUACAAAACGAACUUCGAUUUUCGGCGUUAGUAACCAGCUCAGGCCACUACCAUCAAGUUUACAAUUCACUGGUGGUUAACCUGUUAGGCGAAACCAACCCCAACUUCGUGGGCAAAAUCCCUUUGGAACGGCAGAGAUACCCUUCGUGGUUCAAGUACGAACUUGAGGUGAUUUACAGUGGAGAGAGCAUUCACGGAAAUACUUCCGUCGUGCUUGCCUGCAUCGUUUACAAGAACCUCUCCGAUUUUCUCCCGAGAAGAUCUGCGAUUCGACUAAGGGACGCCGCCGAGAUGGAGUACGAGAUAAUAUCCAACAUUGCCACAGUUUCCGUGGUGCAAAAUAAUCGCUUGGUCAAUUUGGGGAAAUUCUCCUUCGCGAUGCAAUUCGACCACUACGUUGUUAAUACGAAUAUCACCAGGUGGCGUAUUAACUGUUCGGUGGCCUCCUACGCCACCUACGGCUACGACUGGAAUUUAAACGAGUGCCAUACGAUUAUUAUCAACGCGACCGUUACCAAGUGCGUUUGCUCGCGACCUGGUACUUACACCGUGCUGGUUACCACUAUGCCAUUAACUCAGGUUAACGUGGACGAGCUCGAGACUUACCAAGUUCUUGUCUUGGUCUCCUGCUGUCUCUGCUUGCUUUUUUCAGGGCUAACUGCAUGCAUGUUGAUGGCGCAUUGGACACUGAUUAAAUCGUCGCUGGCGUUUUUAAAGGUGCAGUACUGCUGCGUACUCAGUGCGUCGAUGGCUAUGUUCGUAACGGCACUCUCUACGGACGUGCCCAACGAAUUCUUCCCUUACAUAAACACAUCUUUGGAAAUCUUCCUGUUGAUUGCGUUGUCUUCUCACAUUAGUAAAUGCCUGAUUGUAUUCGCCGAUUUGGUGCGACUGUCUAAAACCCAAAAUUUGAGCAAGACGAUUGUGGCCAUCAGCACAGGCGUGCCAGUUAUCACGGUUUUUGCAAGCCAUCUGACGCACAGAACAAUUGGGAGGCGACAGUUGUCUUGGUGGCUGAUCAACGGGUCGGUUUCGUUCAACAUUUUUGUAACUGCAUUUCUGAUCAUAAUAGUCCUUUACAACGUCAUGUACUUGGUGGUCAUGGAGAAAUUGACGCAGUGUGGCGACAAACCUUCAGUUCUCGUGAUCGAACGCAAGCGCCUACUUCGAAGAUCGUUCUGCAUAUUUUGGGCAACAGUUGUAAUGGUCUGCUCCAGUAUAAUGUACGUAAAUAUGAAGGAAUCGUCGUACUGGAACUACGCGUUCGCUCUAAGCAACGUUCUGCUGGUAACGAUAUUUUUCACCUGCUACAUUGCCAAGUCGGAGGUUGAGCUGUUCGGCGACUUCUUGGAAAGGUGUAGAGCGAGAGCAACGCAACCCUCGGCGUCCACUUCAGGAAGCACAUCCUCCAGCUCGAAACAAGAUUGCGAUUAUCCUUCGAGCAAAAGCAAGGGAAGUAAUCGCCAAAUGGGAAGCUCCAAGUCAAUUAUUAUGCUCUCCGAUCUGCAAAACACGGCGAAUUACGGAAAGAACGACGGCGACACCCCCAACAUUUACAAGCCCGUGCAAGAAUUCAUGUACUCGCCGGACGUCGUUGCGACACGAGUACACGUCGAGCUCGACCUGGUCGCGCCGAUAAUGCACGACCAAAGCAAAACGCCGGAAGACAACCCAAUCAUCCUUUGCAACAUCGCCGUUAACUCGCGAUGCGAGGUCAGUCCCAGCUUUCCCGAUUUGCAGCCGAGCAAAAACGAGAAGAGCAUCCUCAAGUCAUCAGAUCGUCAACAGCCGGAGGGCGUGGAAAAGGUGACGAACGAAACGGAGAAUGCGUCGGAUAGCUUGGACGGCAUGCUCGAUAAGAUUUCUCACGAUUUAGAUUAUUUACUUAAUAGGAACGGAUCGACUGAAAAAUGUAAUGACAACGAUGAUUUUCAAACUAGCUUUUAGUCCUAAUUGAUUUUAUAACGUUGUAAUCCAGUUAAGAUUUUCAAAAAUAAAGUACUUGUAUGUCUA